GGGCCGGGGCGCACCAUGUCCAAGCCGGUGGACCACGUCAAGAGGCCCAUGAACGCCUUCAUGGUGUGGUCGCGGGCGCAGCGGCGGAAGAUGGCCCAGGAGAACCCCAAGAUGCACAACUCGGAGAUCAGCAAGCGCCUGGGCGCCGAGUGGAAGCUGCUCACCGAGGCCGAGAAGCGGCCCUUCAUCGACGAGGCCAAGCGGCUGCGCGCCAUGCACAUGAAGGAGCACCCCGACUACAAGUACCGGCCGCGCAGGAAGCCCAAGACGCUGCUCAAGAAGGACAAGUUCGCCUUCCCCGUGCCCUACGGGCUGGGCGCCGUCGGCGACCACGAGCACCCGCACGGGCUCAAGGCCGGCGCGCUGCACGGCGCCGCGCCCGGCGCGCUGGUGCCCGACUCGCUCCUGGGCAACCCCGAGAAAGUGGCGGCCGCCGCCGCCGCCGCCGCCGCCCGCGUCUUCUUCCCGCAGUCGGCGGCCGCCGCCGCCGCCGCCGCCGCCGCCGCCGGCAGCCCCUACUCCCUGCUGGACCUGGGCUCCAAAAUGGCCGAGAUCUCCUCCUCGUCCUCCUCCGGCGCCGCGCUGCCCUACGCUUCCUCGCUGGGCUACCCGGGCGCCGGCGGGGCGGGCGCUUUCCACGGGGCCGCCGCCGCCGCCGCCGCCGCCGCCGCCGCCGCCGCCGGGGGGGGCCACACGCACUCGCACCCCUCGCCCGGCAACCCGGGCUACAUGAUCCCCUGCAACUGCAGCGCCUGGCCCAGCCCGGGGCUCCAGCCGCCGCUGGCCUACAUCCUGCUGCCGGGCAUGGGCAAGCCCCAGCUGGACCCUUACCCCGCCGCCUACGCCGCGGCGCUAUGACCCGCGCCCGCCGCUGCCGCUGCCCGCGCAGGGCCCGCGGGCCGGCGGCCCCGCGCCCCGCCGCCGCCCGCGGCCGUGCGCGUAGGUAGACGCGUGUGUGGGUAUAGGGCGAGCCCGCGCAGGGCCCCGCGGUGCUGGGGGCGCGCAGGGCCCCGUGGUGCUGGGGGCGCGCGGGACCCGCGGGGGUUGGGGGCGCGCGGGGCCCGCGGUGCUGGGGGCGCUGGGUCCGGCGCGCCGGGGACCUGUUGCGCCUUGCCCGCCGCGGGGGACGGCGCCGGCCCACGCGUCCCGUGUAGAGUUUGUGUGUGUUGCAUGCAGUCUUUGCAGAUAGCCGAGCUAAGAAAAAAGACAAAAAAAAAGACAAAAAAACCCCAAACCCACCCUCUUCCCCCCUCCCCCCCGCCCCCGAAAGUGCUUAUUCUUGACAGACACGGGAAGAGCCUUCCUUCCAUUGGUUUCUCCUCCUUGCAUUACUCCUUCUUGUCGCUCCGCUCCCCUCGGCUCGGUCGGUGCUGUCUUGAACUCGAAAAAGUCCCAUUGCUGCACCAGCGCCGCCGAAAAGAGAGAGAGAGAGACGGAAAAAAAAGCGGGGGAAAGGAUCGAUUAUCGGCAGAACAGGGCAUAGGUGCAAACCUGCCAUCCGCAAAUGAAAGGGCCACUGUUUUCUCGGUCUACGGCUCGUCGUAGGCGAGUGGGAGCGGGGACGGCGAAGAGAGCGAGCAGGCAACGUGAAAUGCUGCCCGCUCGAGCGCUGCCCCUCCUCGCCGCGUCGCGGCGGCUCCCUGCGCCCCUCUCCCGCGCGGCGCGCACGGGCGGCGGGUCGGGGGGGUCCCACGAGAGGAGAAACCCGUGGCUCUCGUCCCGUCCCCGUCCCCGCCGGUAACUGAGUCUCAACCUAAGACUGUAAAUUUGUACAUCUCUGUGGAAACGCUAGGUCUCCGAUUGAAAACUCUGUGAAUUACUUUGCCCACGGUCGAGUCAGUUUUAACCUGAAAAAAGAAAUGGAAUGCCUUUCAAAGGGAAUAAAAAUAUUGCGGGACCGUCCGAGGAUCGCAAUAUUAUCUAAGGUUAAAUCAGACUUUUUUGUCUGAGUGAUAAUUAUCUAUUUAUUAUUUAGCUGAACUGAAACAGAGCUUUGCUUUGACAGAAGAGUAUUCUCAUUUAAAAGAAAAUCCGUCUCCCCAGCCAACAUGAAGUGUUUUAAAUGUGUUUUGGAGUACCCUACCUGUUUAGCUUAUUUUAGAGCGACUGCAAUUCAAUUGCAAAUGAUGAUUUUAAAAAUACAAAUUUUAGAGAAAAAUCCUUCAUCAGUUUAGAGUUCUUUUUGGUUUACUUUUGUAAUGUGUAUAUUUUGACUAAUGUUUGUGAAUGAAGCUGGCUAACAUGUAUUUAGUUUCAUUUUGGCUUUAUGUAAUAUAAAGUAAAAAAAAAGAUUAAGUAUUGGUUUUAA